UUCUUUACGAUAGCUCCAAUGAUCUCUGAGCCCGCCAGUCCGCGGCCUCGCCGACAGGCCUUCAUCGCCACGUGCUCACCUGACGAGCUGCUCGGUCAGGUCAUCCGGGCACUUUGCCCAAGGUACAACAUCGACGCGCCUCAUCUCAUAGCAUUGCGCAAGGUGUUAUCGAGCGCUAUUGUUGCACCCAGGAAGCCUCCGCAGUUGAAGCGCACUCGCCCCGACAAGCGCAUUGGAGAGAUCGGUUCGAUCUAUGAUACACUACGCCGCUCUCCAUAUGGUACCAAUGGCCCGUCAGUGUCAGCGAACCAGAGCCUCCACUUUCACCACAAGGACCCUGACUUCAAGAGGCUGCUACCGCAGGUAGACCGUUCACGCUACGAGUGGCCAGAUGAACCAGUCAGCCAGGAAGACUCAGACGGUCAGGAGGUCCCAGACAGUAAGGAGAGCACGCAAUCGAAGGUCUCAACCAUUUUAACGCCCACCACAAAGCGCAAUGUAUCCUCCCUAUUAACAGAAUCAGCCACCUCUGCAUCUCCCGCUGUCAAGAAGACUUCGGCCGGGCCCAUCCAACGACUUAAGGAGACACGCCAGGCAACAACUCCAGAACAAGUGCCUAUUACUACGCCAUCGUUCGAUCCACGAUUGGCACCCAAAGCGCCGCAGAAGGACGCAUCUACGAAUCCUAAGAGUCCGCAAUCCUCAUCUAUGACUACGAUUACCAUUACGAGUCCGGACUCCGUACGAACGAUUGCGACGAAGGGACAUGAAACCACAAAAGUAUCAGCCUCCCUUUUGCACGCGGCCGAGAUCGCCAUCGAACUGCCAGGUACUCAAGACACGCAGAGUGUCCCUCGAUCGUGUCACGUCCCCGUGUUCCAUAUCCCACAAUCUUCGGAUACGCAAGAUACAGUCAACAGUACUCAGCAAAGCGAAAUCUCCAGUCCACUGGUCGACUUUGUGCAGUGUACUCCGCCCACACAAGAAGAAUCUUAGGGCAUGGCUUCGUCACAAGUCGACACUUUCAACCCAACCGAACCUGCAACGGCCAUCAACACGGAUGCUAAGGCGUCAAGACGACCUCAUCGAUGUCCCCCUCGGACUUUCGCGUCAUAAUCGUCGUUCACUUCGCCUUCAUUGGGCAAGCGUUCGCGCGGGAGGGAGGAGAAGGAAGACGAUGCUCCAUCACUUAAGCGUUCAAAGUCAGCCAAAUAGGCGCUUUGAGCAGUCUCGAGUGUGCUAGGAUCAUUAUGUUUGAUGACCAAAUGCGAUGACGCAAAGGAAUAUUGGAUCAUAUGGAAGGAAAGACUGGCUUAUUGAGUUGAGGAC